AUGGCUACCGCCGCCGCCGACGAGCACGCCGAGGCGAUGGAGCAAGUUAGAGAGGAGGAGCGGGCGGCGGAGGCCGUUGAGGCAAUGGAGCAAGUUGAAGACGAGGAGCGGGCGGAGGUCGACGCGGAGGCCCCAGCGGAGGAGGGGGCACCGGCCAGCGAUGAAGCGCACAUAGAGGCAAUGGAGCAAGUUGAAGAGGAGGCAGAGGAGGAGGUCCAAGCAGAUGCGGAGGAGGCGGCGGAGGCGGAAGUGCUGAGCACGGUUUUCCCGCUGGGGAGGGUGAAGAAGAUCAUGCGGCUGGACCGCGACAUCAAGAAGGUGACCGCCGAGGCGUCGCUGCUCAUCGCCGCGGCCACCGAGCUCUUCCUCGGCUCCCUCGCCGCCGGCGCCCACACGGCCGCCACCCAGCGUGGUCGGCGGGGGUUGCGCGCCGCGGACGUCCGCGCCGCCGCCCGCGCGCACCGCCCCACUGCCGACUUCCUCCUCGACUGCCUCUCCACCGCCGAGGAGGCGCCUCGCGCCGCCCGCUCCGGAUCUGAUGCCGCCGCCCCAGCAGCAGCACCCAAGCCGCUGCCGCGUGGGACCCGCCGCAUCGACGGAUUCUUCCAGAAGGUCACCUAGAUUUGCGUGUCUCUCUCUAUCUGUACUACUCAUGAACUGCUUGUCUUAAGUUGUUAGAUGUACUCCUAUCCUACCUGCCAUGUGAUGAAACUGGAACCUAUGCAUUUAUCAAA